AUGUUGAACGAGAAAAGGGGUUAUAGUCAGGAGUCAAUAUCAAAUUACAUAAAACAGGAGUUUGUUGAUUUGCCUUGGGCCCACUCUACAUUGCUGAAACACCACCUUGAGAAGCUUUGUGAUUGCAAAGAAUUUUCCAUAACUCGAAAGAAACGUUAUUUGCUUGCCGGUGUAGAUUCUGACCCAAUUUCAAACCCUAAAUCUGAAAAACAUUUGAAAACGAAGCAAGAUUCAUACACGGGGAAGAAAAGCAGUAGGCAUAAGAAUAAACAUAAGAAGAUCAAGAAUAAAAAAAGCUUGUUGGAUUCACAGGAAACCAAGAAACAAAUAGUUGAAGUGUUUCAAGAACAAGAAAAUGAAUUGCUUGAACCAGAAUGUUUAGAGAUUGAAUAUCAUCAAACAAAUGAGGAAGGAAAUAUUUUGAUGGAUGUAUGUGUUCAAGAAAAUGGAGUUUGUGCAAAUGAUAAGGAGAAAAAAGAAACACAAGGCAAAAAGAAGCGGAAGUCAAAAAAGAGGGGUAAACAUGGAAAGAAAAACAAGGAUACUCCACUUCAAGAUUCGAGUGAAGCAAAUUUGAAACAAAAUAAUGAAGAGAUUGAAUGUGAAUUAAAUGAGAAGAAUCCCCAAAAUGACGGGAAACAAGUCUGGAUAAAAGCACAAAUAAAGAAAAUGUUGAAUAUGCCAAAAGGUAUUGAGUAUUUGUCUGAAGAAAAGCAACAGAAAACAAAGUUAUCGUCAAGUGCAGUGUCUAAACUUAUGAAUGGGCAGCGAUCAAAACUACGUAGUUUUAAGAAGAAAAAAGGUGUGUCAGUUGACAAGGAUCAAAAGAAGCAGAAAACGCGUGGUAGACAUGAUAAGAUGCAAAGAGGAGCAUCAAGAAAAGGGAAGCUCCAAAUCGAUUGGAUUAGAAGAAAGCUAUGA